ACACCAGCUCACUAACGGAGGAAACAUGUUGCUCUGGUUCGGCUGUGCAGCUGCAGUACUUUUACUUGGGUUUUUAUUCCGACAUCCUUACUUUUUGCAAGAUGUCAAAUACCUGCUUACUAAAUUAAACCAACGUCGCCGAGUCUGGAAAUUCUUGCAGACUAACUACUUGAUCCUGGAUAAGUUCUUGGAAAGAGUACAGGAGCAGCCGCAGAAGCCCUUCAUUCGCUUCAAAGAAGAAACCUUCACCUACCAGCAUGCAGAUGUGCAGAGCAACAAGGCUGCCAGAGUGUUCCUGCAGUCUGAGGCGGUCCAAAAGGGAGACACGGUCGCGCUGUUUCUCCAGAACGAGCCGCUGUUUCUGUGGCUCUUCCUGAGUUUGGUGAAGAUCGGAUGUUCCGCUGCUUUCCUCAACUACAACAUCAGGUCCAAGUCUCUGCUGCACUGUUUCAACUGCAGCGGAGCAAAGACUCUGGUAGCAGCUGAAGAACUACAGGAUGCCGUGGAGGAGGUCCUGCCCAGUCUGCUGGAGCAGCAGGUCACCGUUUUCAUCUUAACCGACAAAUGCAAGCUUGAAGGUGUGCAAAGUUUCAAAGACAAAAUGAAGCAGGCCUCCUCUGAGCCGCUACCCAAGGAGUUAAGGUCACAUUUAACCUUGCGGAGUGCAGCAGCCUACAUAUACACAUCAGGCACAACGGGUCUUCCUAAAGCAGCAGUGGUCAGUCAUGGCAAACUGUGGGUCUACGGUUUAAUUAUGGCGUUAUCAGGAGUGACCUCCGAAGAUGUGAUAUAUAACAGUCUCCCUCUCUAUCACGGCGCUGGCUUUAUCGGAGUAAUGGGAGCCAUUGAGAGAGGUGUCACUGUUGUUUUGAGGAGUAAGUUUUCUGCUUCUCAGUUCUGGGACGACUGCAGAAAGUAUGACAUCACUGUUGUACAGUACAUUGGUGAAACUAUGCGUUACCUCUGCAACCAGCCACAGAAACUCAGUGAUCGAAACCACAAAGUAAGACUCGCAUUAGGCAACGGCCUCAGAGCAGACGUUUGGAAGAACUUUCUAAGAAGGUUCGGAGAUGUUGAUAUCAAAGAGUUUUAUGGAGCGACGGAGGGGAAUUUGGCUUUUUUGAAUUAUAGCAGGAAGAUGGGAGCUGUUGGUCGAGACAACUUCCUGCACAAGUGGUGUUUUCCGUACGCUCUGAUAAAAUACAACGUAGAAAAAGGAGAGCCUGUGAGGGAUUCAUCUGGUUUCUGCAUAGAGGCUGCCAUAGGUGAAUCUGGACUUCUGGUCAGUAAAAUAUCUGUGACUGCUCCGUUCGCUGGUUAUGCUGGUGACCUGCAGCAGACCGAGAAGAAGAAGCUGCACGAUGUCUUCAAGAAAGGAGACAUGUACUUCAACACCGGCGACCUGCUGCGUAUCGACAAAGAAGGUUUCAUCUACUUUCAGGAUCGCACUGGAGACACGUUCAGGUUUUCAGGUCAUGAGGGGAGAAUUGGGAUGGCUGCUGUUACUUUAAGGGAAGGACAGAAGUUUGACUCCGCAGCUGUUUUUAACCAAGUUAGAAGCUUUCUGCCAACAUACGCAAGGCCCUGUUUUAUCAGGAUUCAGGACUCCAUGGAUGUGACGGGAACGUUCAAGCAGCUGAAGGUGAGGCUGGUGAAGGAGGGCUUCAACCCAAAUGAAAUAAAGGACCCCCUCUAUUUUCUGGAUGAAAAGGAAAAGAAUUACGUCCCACUGACGCCGGACACAUUUGAUUUAGUCAUAACAGGAAAGCUCAAAAUUUAAAGGUACUUUAAAUUUACAGUAGAAAUUCACCUGAUCACACUAUGAUGCAUCACCUGCUCUCAGUACUUAAAAUAAAGGUUUUUCAUGCCUAGAUCAUGUCUGAGCUUGUCGCACUGAGCUGGGAGAGCAGGUACGGUCUCAAUGAUAGCAAGUUUUUCCGGUUGAGAGAGCCGACCGCAGGGCUUCUUUUUUAAACAGUGACUUGUUGCUGUACUGCAUUUAGGUUUGUGCCCUUUUAAGGACUGUCACCUUCGCUUUCUACGGUCCAGUGAUUUGUAGAAAAUACAAUUACUAUUUUUGUGAUCAUUAUAACAAUCUAAGCUGCUUUUUAACUAUAAACAGAACUCAAUACUUGUUCGUAGUUGUCAGUUUUACAGGGGAUACAAUUGCAGAAAAUACUAUAAUAAAUUUAUCUUUUGUUCUACUUAAGGUUAGACUCUACAGGCAAAGUCAACUGUCAACUGUGAGAUGUUGGGCUGUUUUGCUUCCAUAAAAUGUUUUCUUUUAGACAAAUAAUAAAAAAUAAUUCUUCGAUGCACAUUUAGGUGUUUAAUUUGCUCCGUUUUGUCUGAUGCAAAUUAGCACAUAUUAAAUGAAAUCAUACAUCAUUCGUUUAUAUUCAAACGUACAAUUUAAAAAAAUUCCCAAAAAAAGUAAUACAAAAAAAUGCCUGCAAACAGUGGUUUCUAGUUUGUUUGUUUGUUUGUACAAAAGUAUACUCUGAGCCAUAAAUCUCUACAUAAGUUGCACUUUUUGUACAGAUUUUCCAUUUUCAUUCCUUUCUACACUUUGGUGGUUUCUACAGCUGGAUGUGUUCAUAUAUCAGUCAAAGGUUGAUUUAUAGAACAUUUUAUUUCUAAAAACCGUGGUGAAAAUAGAUUUUUCUAACUGUUGACGAUCCUUCUGAGGAAUACCGGCGAUAUCCAAAAUCCGUCCUGUAAGUUUCAUGUUGAUACCAGUUAGCUUAGUUUAGUUUUUUUUUUUUUUUUUUUUAAACUGAUUAGUUUUCAGAAGAUUAACUUCAAAAGGUGCUUUCUAUUCCAAUGUCAAAUAACUGUGGCUCAGGUGGUAGAGCGGGUUGUCCUCCAAUCACAAGGUUGGCGGUUUGAUCCCCCGUCCCUCCACAGUCGAACGGUCCUCGGGCAAGACACUGAACCCGAAGGUGCUCCCAAUGGAAGGCUAGCGUCUGUCACCAUUGGUGUAUGAAUGUGUGAGUGGGUGAAUGAGAAACACAUUGUAAAGCGCUUUGGAUUAAAGCGCUGUAUAAGUGACCAUUUACUAUAUAAGUGACCAUUUAACUACAGCUAAGGGAAUGUGUUCGAGCCAGUAAUCAGUGAUUUCCUUUAAAAUCUAAGCUUGUUGUAAUGUGAACCAUUUCAACAUUAAAAUGUGUAAAAAUGA